CAUGUUCGUAUAAUCAUUUGUAAUCUAAAUUCACCAAUUUACAUGAACCUAACUAAAAUAUCGAUUUUUAUCCUCCUGCUGACUCUGCUGAGCUCUGGCUUUGCCACGAAGACAGUUAAUUUGGUCACAUCAGGGACGCAGACGCUUAAUUUGAUUUAUCAAGAACCCCAAUCUGGAGAGGAAUUAAGAGUACAAGUGCAGACUAACCUUGACUCGGUCUUAGGGAAUGACAAAGUGUCCACAGCUAUAUGCGUCAAUACAGGAUCAUCCACUUACACUGUCAGUGACGGUACAACCGUUGAUGCAUUUGCUUUUAUGUUCUCUUGUGCAGUUUCAGGGGGAUGUACCGAUUCUCAGGGAGUUGGUGUCACCUUCUUUGGAAGCACUGCUCAAUACUCAUCAAGCAACUGGAACUGGAAGGUCAACACCAGAGUAGAUAUCUCUCCUGUUAACGUUGGAACAGAAGCUGGAGAUGGAACUACUAUUACAUCCACAUUUAGGCUUCCUUCGAAUUAUGCUAGCUGGUCAAAAGUCCCAAGUCAAGAUGAAACUGUUUAUUUAAAAUGAUUUGGUGUCUUCAACGUAGCCACAGGUUCAGGAACGAUUAACUCGGAUCAAACAGUUACAUCAUGGGGAACUCAAUCAACCACUGUAACAGUCACUGCUUCUGAUCUAGAUGGCUCAAGUGACGGAUCUAGUGAUGGAACUUCUGGGGCUAUUGGUCAGUUUUCUCUUAUAAGCUGGGCAAGUUUAAUGGCUACCCUAGUAGUUUCUACUCUCUUAUUUUAACUUUUCGUUCUAAUUGAAUUUAUUCAAUUCCCUAUUAAGUG